AUGACUGCCUCUUAUGUAAAUGAUGUACCGUACCUGCCAACAACUCGUGCUAAAAAGCUAGAAUUAGUUCCACUUGUCCUAUGUUCUUUAUGUCAGGGAAUUCUUUGGUCUCCUGUAGCUUGCCGAAAUUGUGAUACACCUUACUGUGCAGCAUCAAAUCUGCUUGUGCUGAAAACCUUACAAAUAACAUGUCGAUUCAAUGAGCACGGAUGUCCAGAGACGUUGAUGUACAAUGAUUUGAAACAACACGAGGAACAAUGUGGGUAUUAUUUGAUGACGUGCAAUGGUUGUGAAGCGAAAAUCAUUAAAAACGAUUUUCAACAGCAUCACACAACAUGUCCAUUGGUUGUCUUGAAAUGUAACGAAUGUGCCAGUCUAUAUAAACGUCGAGAUGAAAGUGAACAUACUGAAGCCCGUUGUUUACGAGUGCAAUUACAUCAAAUUCGAGAAAUUAUAGAGCAAACCAAGCAAGAAAACACGAGCAAAAUUAACAAGGUGGAAACGCAAGUUCAACAUCUAAGAGAUCAGAUCAACAAAACAUUGUAA